GGAGUUCGCUACUCAGUGUCUAGGCGGGACGGGCUGUGUGCGGGUGAAGGAGUGCCUGCGCUCUGCUUCCCUUCCCAUUUGAUUCAGAGCGCCAACAUUUUGAUAUAACACUGGCAAUAUACGUGCGGGGAUUAUUAUUAAUCCAGAAGUGUGCGGGAAUACUAUAUCGGAACUGGACGGAGUUGUGACCAAAUCUGGAUUAAAAAGUGAACACUAAAUGCAUUUGCAAUGUAUUCAACAUGAUCCCGUCGAGUUACUGUGAUUCCUUGCACCAGGUCAAAGUUUCAUCAGCAGAAUAUGAAAUUAUAGACAGCUCCAACAAAUAAAAAUGAUCCCCCGACACAAGCUAUGGGCGGUGGUGUGGGCGGCGGUGUGGGCGUGGGCGGCCGCUCAGUACAUUGGGGAGGAGAAGCUCUCGCCCAUACAGCAGACAGCAGUGAUUGGUGGGGCCUCCAGGGACCUAGACCAGAUCGGUCCCAAGAUCUUCACCGAGCGGACCAACACCACCCUGAACUGCGCUUCCGGCUACAUGCUGGUAGAUGUGGAGUUCAAAGAACCCUUCUACGGCAUCAUCUACCCGAAUGGCUCCCGAAAUUCAGCCUGUCGUGUCCAGGGUCAGGGCAAGACCAAGUACCACCUGGAACUACCACUCAAGGGCUGUGGUACAAACAGGGUGGAGCGUCGAGUGUUCGUCAACAACAUUAUAGUGAGGUUCCACCCUGGCCUGGAGUUGGAGGGUGACGAGGUCAAGACCAUUAUCUGCCGAUACCCGAGUCCCAAGGUCAUACCUCCGCCUGGACCGCCUGUCCCUAUCGUGGCGCCUCCUGCUCCUGUAGGCCUUCCAGCGCCAGUGAGUGAGAUAGAAAUUCUGCUCAUCAUCUGCGCCAUCGUGUUCCUGGCACUGCUGCUGGUGGGGAUGGCCUGCUCCUACACUUGUCUCAAGAAGCGCAAUAUCAAGCUGGUCCGCCGGCGUCCCAUGUCCCUCGCGCCCUCGGACAUCACCAAGAUGUCUGGGUCCUCGCUUAUGUUCGAUGGAGUCAAAAUCCCGCGAGCACACGCUACUUCGACCUCCGAUUCUGACACAGCGCUCGUCUCACAGUCUGACACCAUUCCCUCUGACUACCCCUCUGAUCCACCUUCCAGUGGAUCGGAAGUGGAAGAGCUGGAUAUGCGAUCUGUGGAACGUAGGUCUUCAGCAGCCUCAAUGCACAUGCAAGAGGAGACAAUACAGGCCUUCCAAAAUCGGGCGUUCAUUAUGGAUGAAGACAGACUGUCUUCUGUGUACUCAGACGCAAUGAUGCAGAGUGACGCAGAACUGGUAACAGCGGCGCAGGUGAUCCGGCCGCCUCAACCAACCUUCAUGGUGAGAGUCAAACGUGCGCCAACUCCCCCCAAGACCCCCGAACCCGACUACCCACUGCAGCUGGCGCAGUCGCAGUCCCUUACCACCAUUCUGGAGAAGGACGAGAGCUUCCGAGCUGAGAGUCUGCCAGGGUCCGAGCACGCCCUACUUAUAUCCGAGCCUGGGGACCUGGUCCCGCCACCUAUGAUCCCCCCGCCUGUCAUCCUGCCCCCGCCGGAGUAUGCCCACAUUCAUCGCAAGACACUGGAGCUCCAAGUAAGACCUCCACCACCACCACCGUCCGAGUACAGCUCAGUGGCACGAUCAGUCUCCGAACACGACCUUGAAGUGGACAUGCGCGAAAAUAUUCGACGAGACCUCAGACACAUCGAAAACAUCGAAAAGGUAACGACCCAGACAACAGACAUCCAGGAAACAGUGGAGCGCCAAGGCCGCCGCUACAUGAUCCGGCCCCCGCCUUCCGAGCCGGAUUCAGAGUACCCGUCAGAAGCCCGCAGUGUAACGGACGUCGUGGAGGAGCUGUUGGUGGUGCCCAGGAGGCCAGAGGUCACCAGUCACGUCGUGGACGACCGACACGUCUCCACCAUCACUGAGACUCACACCACGGAGGACAUAGAACGUCACAGACGCUUCAUCAAGCAAUAUCACAUGAAGCCCAAAGCUCUGCCUCCCCCCAAGUGGAACGUUGCCAUCCGUCACUACCCAGGACCCAAAUACGCUGACGAGGUUGAGUCAUCAGGCCCUGAAUGGGAGGGCUACAGCGAACCCGGUUCAGACAUCUUCCGUCAACACAUGUUCCAUGCUGACGAGGAUGACUUGACCCAGCUGGAGGUGGAGAAGCUGGAACAUCCACCUCCACCUAACUGGAACGUGCUCUUGCGUGUCCUUGAGCCGCCCCCAACAGAGGAGGCCGUCCAGUACGUGCUGACGAGGGAGGACCGAGAGAAAUGGCGCCAGAUCAUCUCCACCGAGUCUACCUUGCGUACAAUGCUCACAUACGCCACUGUGAAGGAAGAUUAUGAGCGCAUCCGUCAUGACCAGAGGUAUGAGAAGCUGUUCGAGCCCCGUAAGUGGGACGUGAUCAUCAGGAUCCUGUCCCCACCCGACACCCACGACCGCAUCGACUCCUCCUCCGAGGCGCCUUCCGCAUCUGACACCGAAAGCCUUCCUUCGAGGGACGGCCGAAGGUACCGCAAACACGACAGUGGCCCAGCUGGGCGACGACCAUCCCUGCCACCGCUGUAUGAGUACGACUCCGAGGGCAACCCUGUGAUUCUUCGUCGCCCUGGCCCGCCCUCUGCUCGCUCCCGCAGAUCAUCCAAGUCAAGCAUCCACUCCGGGAUAGAUGUACGAUCCAUGACGGAGACCGAGGUCAACUUCGCUCGAGCUGACACCUGGAGCGAGAUCAGUGGACCCAGCAUGGCCAGCGGGGCUCGCUCCAUCGCAGACCGCUCACAGCCAGAGAUCACUUAUAACGUCCCAGUGUUGCCUGAUGACGAGUAUCCGGACACUGAUUUCGACGACCGUAUGUCAGCCAGAACCGGAAGGUCCCUGGCGCGGUCUGCCUCAGAGUUCACCGAGGACUGGCGCCACCACGAGCCAGUGGACAGGUACUCCCACGUGUCUGGGUCGUCUAUUGACAGCAAAAGACGUCAGCUGGAGCGCUCAUCCACGGAGUACUUUGAGGAGCCGCCACACCUCAUUGAAGUAAUGACUACUCCCGACCAUUCUCCCGACGCCUCUCCGCGCCCAGUAGUCAGGUACCAGCACCAGUACCGUGACUACCACCACGACUUUGACAACCAACACUUCACCCAACAUUACAUGGAGGACGAGGACGUGGUCGAUGGAGACUUCAUUGUGCAGACUGAGCGACGUACACACCAGCAGCAGCGACGGUCUGAUCAUCGUUCUGAUCGGUCGACGCAUUCAGGCCGAGAGGAGAUGUACUCCGUGGCAGAGACCGAGGUCUCUGGCUGGGCUCGCAAGCACUAAGUGUAUGAAUGCAGAGCUCCAUGACAAAAGUGCCUCAACCUUAUGGCACUCGGUGGCACUCACCCACCAUGUCCCAAGAAAUGCUUCGCCGCUGCCAGCAACGCGCACAAUACAGACAGUGGAAUGGAAUCCCAUGGACACACAGGACACAGGCUUGCUUGAUACAAAAGCCACUGGCAGCACAGAAGCUGAGGUAUAUGGGACGCCAUCAGGCCGCAGGACCUGAACCUAACUCCUAGUGACGUGGACAUUACUAGUUACACUAACUGCCUGAGGGCACAAGUGUAUCAUGCUAAUAUUAUUAACAAAUCAAACGCAACAGGCGCUGGAGUGGUAGACUAAUUUCUGCAGGUCUUGUGUGAGUGAAUAUAACUGGUGCUUACAAAGGACGGUGACGUGUGCUGGAGGGCACAAAGGAGGCGCUCGACCUGCAGGGUACUGUAGCUACCGAGCAGGCUUGCCGCAGCUCGCAACUGCCUACUAAUACAAGUGAGAGACGAGAGCGGCGUUCUUAUCAACCCCUCGCGCGAACAACGUCGAGGCACUGUUGAGAAACCAAAACUAAUAAUCAUGAUCAUUGUUUAGUGCGACUUGCUGGACGUUAACUACUUAAACAAACAGUCCUCUGCAAAUUAAUUACCAAAUGAUAAAUGCAAUUCGACUCUAAAACUCGUACAAUAACAGUGCAUCGAUAGGCAGCGCGCCCACAGAUAUGAAUCCUAGUCACGGUGUGUUGAACUGACCAGGCGUGAGGGGCAGCUAGGACUGUCGCCCCCGCACCGACGGGACACUGACUGUAAGGAGCUGGUCAGCCCACGUUAUAAAUGUCCUUGUGAAGACGAAGACAAGAUGGGGGUGGUGAUGACCUGGGGUCAGAUGGGGGGGCAAGGUCAUCCAGAUUAUAUGAGUGAUGAUUGGUUGGGGAGAGCAGAGGCAUGGUGAUAGACUGAUUAAUUGGUUGAUGAUUGGGGAAUGAGAGUUGGGAGAGGUGCUGGUUGGAUAUCAGUUUUCAAGUGCUAACGGAUAGAGUGGAUGGCAAAGCUAAACGAGCGCUGGUGAAUAGACACGUUGCUUGUGGAUAGUGAGCUUGCGAGUGAUGAUUUGACAGGAUAACUUCGUAACGAAAGUGAUGAAUAUGCAUGAUUUCGAUGACUGCAUGAUGAUUUAGACGCAGUUUAAUGAAUGGUGAUAACUGGACAGCAUAAUACCAGUGACGAUGACUGAUUGGGUUGUGAGAGUGGGGGAUUUGGCGAAUGACUGUAAAUUGGACUGAGUGGGUGGAGGGGUCGAGGGGGGGAUGACCUGUGGCAGACCUUGCGAGUCCUUAAGACGUCUAGUCCCUGAGGUGCGGCAGUCCUCUCACAUCGCUCUGGGGAAGGGCUUUGGGGAUUCGGACUGGAGAAACGUAACUUGCCAGCCAAUAUAGCAAGAUAAACGUUAUAGUAAAGUAUGGUAAACUGAAAUUAACCACGAUUUUCAAAGUACUAACGUCCCCUGUUUUUUUUUUUUUACAAGCUUUCAAAAAUACACAACGAUUGAGUUUGUUUUCAACUCUGAAAGGAGUACAUCUGAUCCAGGUACAAGUUGGUUUAUGGUUAUGCCAAAGCUUCGACUAGCUUCUCUGUACAUAAACUUCUGAACUCUGCAUGUUUUCGGGAACUGUUAAGAAGGACCACAUGACUGACCAGCCAAUCAAGGGACUCGUGCAAUGACGUCAUUUAGUUGACUAGCCAAUAAUUAAUCGUCAUGGUCAGUUUGUUUCCCGAAUAGAUGCAGUGUUAUACAUAUAUGGCUGUUUAGGGCAGGUAAACACAUUUGUAAGUACACACAUGUCGAAUUUUCCUCAACUAACAUUGUCAAGUAUAAUAUAUACAUACACAGAUAAGAAAAUUACCCAUAAAAAUGUAGCUAUCUAUGGGAAAUUCCAAAAACAUACAUUGAGGAAAUUAUCUGAGCCUGAGUCUGAUGUAUAUUCAAUGCCACCGAAUGUCAAUUAAUGUUAUUGAGCAUACUGACUAAAUACACAUAGAGAAUUCUUUAGUAAGUGUUUCCAGUGUUAGUGCACGACCUUCCGGAUCCCGUGAAGGGCUAUCGAAAGUGUGAACAAGACCACACACAAAAAAGCAAAGAAUUCACAUUAAAAGCAUCUACUUACCCAACUAACCCUUAACAGACGUCUAGGUUCAGAGACCUUCCGCAAGGCUCCUGCCCUACUCAACUACUUCAAGGGUACAAAUGACAAAUCUGAGCACUAACAAGGGGUUCUGAGAAAGACAUCUUAUAUCUUCUUAUUUCACAAUACAUAAUGACUAUAAUUAGUCCUUCAUUCGCACAAUUGAUACUUGGCAAAGAGUACACAAGUCACCUUUAUUUCACAAGUGCCCAGAGCUCAGGUUUGUUUGUUUUACCGUCCCACAAUACACACCCACCCACUCACACGUACUUGUGAUAAACAUAUUAAUCUUAGUCUUCUAUAGAGCACAAUAAUAUCAAUCAAGAACUCUAAAUGGCUUAAUUGCUUAAUCAAGAUGUCUAGAUUGCUUCAGUGUUUAAUGAAGCUUGAGUGCGCUUGAGUGCUUAAUCAUUAUUAAUUAAAAAAAAGACAAAAUAUCGAGCCAAAGAGAUAAGCUCCAUCACUUGGUUCCACAAAAGCCAGAGUUAUGAGUGGGUACCAUGAACCGGACAGAGAAAGCAGCUUCCUACAGAGAGAAGCGGAUGAGAGAAGGGCAGCUGGGCCCUCAGACGUACCUGAUCAGUGACAUGAACAUCUCAAACCUUCAACGAAACAUGCGAACUAAAGCAUAGUAAACACUUUGUGUAUUAAUGCUUUAAAUACAGGCCAUAAUAGUUUCUAAU